AAAGCAGGAGAGCUGGAUGUAAAGAGCACUGAAUGUGUGUGUGUGUGUGUGUGUGUCGGCUCAGAGUACGCAGCGAUCGACUCCAUGCUGGACCAGAUCAACUCGUGUCUGGACGACAUCGAGGAGAAGAACGACUCUCUGAACGGGAAACUUCACGAGCUCCUGGAGUCCAACAGACAAGCCCGACGAGACUUCAGACAACAGCUGAGUGAUGAAGAACAUGCCCAUCCUCAUCCUCCAGAGGAAGACCAGGGGUCCAGAGACACACACACCCGAGACUAGAGAUUAUUAUUAUUAAUGCAUUGAUGAUGUAAAAUACCUGCAUCGUCUUCUCAGCGGACCAGUAUGGUAGCAUUAUUAUUAUUAUAUAUGUAAAUGUCUUUAUGUGGUUGUUCUGUUGUUAAGAUGCACUGAUUUGAAAGCAUUGAAGCGCCAUCGUGGUAAAAUCACUGUAACGCACAGCCUGGAGUGGAUUAUUGCUUUCAUGUGAUAUGCAACGUGAAUAUGAGAAGUAUUUUAAUAAAUAUUGAUCAAGGAUGCAAACAAGUUUAUAUGAAAGGUUAUUUCAGCCAUGGAACAGAUAAAAAAAAGGUCAAUAUUUCUGCUGAAAAAAAAAGUUCAUAAUUAAAUAAUAAAACUAAAUAAUAAAAUUCAUAAUAAAACAAGAAUCAACAUCAGUUUGGAUAUUUGGAUUGUAAUUUUGACUUUUUGUCCUCACAGUUGCAAGUUUACAUAUGAUCUCACAAUUCUGAAAGUCAUAAAAAAGUCUUAAUUGUGUGAUUAAAAAGUAGAUUACCUUUUUAUUUUUAUUUCAUAGUGAAAUGCGUAUCCAAACGAUCGUGGUAAAAUCACCGUAACCCACAGCCUCGAGUGGAUUAUUGCUUUUCGUGUGAUAUGCAAUGUGAACAUGAGAAAAGAUUUUAAUAAAUAUUGAU